AUGUCUUCUGAUCUCUCCCCAAACCUCAUCGUUAAUCAACAAAUCUCCAAAGAGCAUGAACUCGCACCGGUUUUAGACCGAGCACCUACAUACUCCCCGCCGCCAGAUGUCACCACGACUCAGAGUGCAUUCGAUGACUCGGUGAAUGAGGAUGUCGACGUCGGCCUGCUCCCCUUAGAGAUUGCAGAGAUUUGGGACUCUGUCUUCGUACCGAGCCUUGUAGCAAGAUACUCCACCGUAUCGGAGUCAAAUUUCCCCAUGGAUGUCGACGAACUCAUCCCCAUCAUCCGCGUCGCUUUCAUGAGUACGUACCCAGAUGAGAUUUCAGAGAGAUAUGUCGAGAACAUUGUUCCUGGGGAAGUGAUCUUUGAGCUUUCUAUGCAAAAACUACACGAAUAUCGUGGCAGGUUCCUUGGUAUUGCAGCAGUUGCUGUACACAAGUUCUUCACUAGGAGCUAUUACGAUUAUAAUGAAGGUCUGAAGUACUGCUUCCAGACCCCCGAAUCAAUCCGGGCGUUUGUUCGCAGUAUACUGUCGCCGUCGGGAGCGCGCGGGAGCUUCCACUGGGCUCACUGGUAUUCAUCCCAUAGCCGCCACGGAGCGUAUGAAAACCCACUUCUACUCGAGAUUCUCGCAAAAGCCCACUUCAGGCAGGUCGAAGGAGCCAAUACGUUCAGUUUCCCUCGACAAGAACCAAUCCAGGCCCUUGUUCUUGCACUAGUAGCACUCAACUUUGCCUUCGAGCUUUGGAGUGAAGGGACACCCGCGACAGAUUCCACUAUGGCCAGUCUAGAAUGUUGGGAUUGGGACGCGAUAGCUAAGGAGCAUGCAGAGGCUUUCGAAAAUCACCAGGCUGCGUAUGGCACGACUCCCUCCUCAGCAAACUGGGACAAAAUUGUGAGCGGCGUGAGGAAGUUUAUGUGA